UGAAACCUUUUAUUUUGACUCAGCAAGCUGGUACAAAUUUCAGUAAAGGAUCUGGAAAAGAACACUUUUAAUAUCCGAUUGAAACCAAAAUAUUAGAUUCAUACAGCAAUAUAUUUUCCUCAGCAGAGGAGUUAAAUAAUUCAAGAUGUUGGCCGGCUGUCCCGAUGAGCUGCCCAAUCCGCACAAGAACUGUCUGCACGAGAUGCUGCAGGCGCUGAUCUGCAACGACAACGAUGUGAAGCGUUUGAACACGGAGCUGCGCAACAUGAAACUGGAGUUGCAGGCCGAGCUGGACAGGAUCAGCAAGGCGAACGUGAAGUGUGGCCACGAGAAGAAGGGCAAGGUGGUGUGCGAGAGUGUGGAGGACAUGACCAAGUUCGCCCAGCGGAUCGGCAGCCUGGACGAGGUGAAGAGCCACUUCACCCAGCGGAGCGAGGAGAUCAGGAAGCGUCGGGACAACAUCAUAGUCUAUGCCCGUCAGUGCCUCAACGCCUACAACGAGGAGAAGUGCAAGUUCAAGUCCUUCCACGAGAACACUGUGGACUACAUUAAGCGAACGGCCACUCUUUCCCAGGAUGCCGAGGUAAUCAGAGGCUGCGAGAAGGAUGUGUGUGACCUGCACAAGCGCUUCGUGCGGGAGGUGGCCAAGCUGAAGAGUUGCGAGGCACAACUGCUGCCAUUUUUCAAACUUCUCAAGGAAUCCGAUCCAAAGGCCAACUGCGAGUGCUGCUGCUUCAAAGGAUACGACUGGAUCCCAAUGGGCAGGAGCCUAGAGGCGGUGGAUGCGAUGGCUGGCGAAAUCAAGGAGCAGAUGGGCGAUGUCCUGGUCCGAGCCUUCGCCCAGCUGCACAUUCAUUCGCCGCAGGAUCCGCGUGCCUUCAUUGCCGCCUAUCUAAUGAACCUUGAUCGCAACGAGCAGGAUAUGAAGGAGAAGCUAAAUAUCUUCCAGGCAGAUCCCAAAGUUGAGCUCCAGGAACUGUCCGAUCCCACAUUCCACUGCGAGGAUACAUGUCCUCAACCCGAAUAAGGCCACAAAUGGAUCUUGUUUUAAUUAAUGUACGCCAAAAUUGAAAAAUUAUUCUUGACAAAUCAACAAAUACACAUUUCUUGACAAACUUUUAA